GUGCUCCACUCCACAGAAGAGCAGCAGCAGCACGUACAAGUGUGACCUGGAUCCACAGAUGUGAGAUGGGGCUCCGAGCCCCUCUACAGUACCUCCUACUCUGCGCGGGCUAACUGCGUUUAAACGGGCCAUAUAUCGGGGGAUAUACUCGGUCUGUGGGAGUUGUUUACCGAGGACUGGUGAGGGACGAAAGGGUUGUUACGCAGCUAUCCUCUCCGCCAGGGGAACAGGAAUGUGUGGCUUUUCGGCUCCAACAGGGUGUUUGCUGGUGACUGGAGCUGGUUAUGGGCCCCGGGGGCGGCAGUGUGUAUUUACAUCAGUGUCAGUGAGGGAUUACUAAGGGCGGAGUUGUGCCAGGCUAGCAGGUGAUACAGGUUGUUGGCGCUCUGUCCUUAUCCAGAUAUGCUAAACGUUAGCAUUUACAAAGACAGUCCACUCCAGUGUUUAAGUCCACUGAACGAUCUCACUCUCUGGGUUUAUUUGGCAGCUGUUAGCGGACAUCGUGACGCAAUGGGCCGUGAGCACUCGUAGGAGCAAAGUGGGAUGUGGCCACAAUGUAUUUGUGCUGCCGCUGAAGACAUGACAGUCACUGCUGAGUCGCGCCCCGGGAGUGUGGCCAGCCUCCGGUGUGCUUCCUGCUCUGCUCGCCGUGUAUGGAUGCUGUCUGUGGACGUACUUACCGAUCACUCCCGUAGGGUGCUUCACAGCACCCAUGAAGGCUCCAGCGCUCACCCAGAGCCACUGGUGAACUCGUGUUCAUGUGUAAUAACAGCAUGCGAGCCGAUGUCAUUUUAACAGGACUGGGUCUAUCUUAAAGUCACUGUUCUCGGACUUUAUUUGUUGCAAAAGCCAGUUUUUAAGCAAAGCGGUCUAAUGGAGUCCUCUAUAGCUCUGGGCAGACUAGAGCUGAGCCCGGGUCCUGCCGCUGGCGGGGUCACUGGAGCUACCAGGCUGAGUGGCGUUGAACCGGCGCACGAGAGGGGUGCUCAACGGCACCAGGGCCCCGCUCAUCUCAACGGCUGCGUGCCUCUAUCCCACCAGGUCGCGGGACACAAAUAUGGAGUGGACAAAGUGGGUAUUUUGCAGCAUCCAGAUGGGACAGUUCUGAAGCAGCUCCAGCCUCCACCUAGAGGUCCAAGAGAGAUGCACUUUUACAGAAUGGUGUAUGCGGACGACUGCUGUGACCCCCGUCUUCUGGAGCUCCGGAACCACCUUCCAAAAUACUAUGGCACCUGGGCCUCUCCAGACAACCCGAGCGACCUUUACCUGAAACUGGAAGAUGUGACACGGCUCUUUCGUAAGCCGUGCAUUAUGGAUGUUAAGUUAGGACAACGCAGCUAUGACCCCUUCGCCUCUCAGGAGAAGCGGGAACAGCAGAUCCGGAAGUACCCUCUGAUGGAGGAGAUUGGCUUUCUGCUGUUGGGCAUGAGGGUCUAUAAUGUGUCCAGUGACUCGUUUGACUCAUACGAUCAGCACUACGGACGGAAGCUGUUGAAGGACACUCUUAAAGAGGGUUUGGCCAAAUUCUUCUUUAAUGGAGUUGCCCUCAGAAAGGACGCUGUGUCAACAAGUAUUGCAAAAGUGCAGCAGAUUCUGCGCUGGUUCGAGUCACAGGAGCAACUGUGCUUCUAUGCCAGUUCAUUGCUAUUUGUUUAUGAGGGUCAACCUCCCUCUGCACCCGCCCACAACCCUCUUCAGGACAAGACCCCUGCCCCAGACGGGGUGAGGAAGGAUGAGCACACAGCAGAAUACAAUAAUAACAACAUCCAGGAGCCCAUGUCCUGGGAUUACAGCCUGGACACCAUCUGCACCAACCACAAGAGCCUGUGUCAGCGGCAAUGUAAGGAGCAGCAGCCCAACCACAAUCAGGAAGCUGCUGGGCAGGAGGCAAUGAGAACGGGAGGUGCGGAGCCUGGAGCAGGUCCUGCCGUGGAGGUGCGCAUGAUUGACUUUGCUCAUGUGUUUCCCAGCGACACUCACGACCAGGGCUACAUCUAUGGCCUCAAACACCUGUUGAGCGUCCUACAGCAGCUGCUGCACGAGCCAGAGCUUCAAUGAAGCUCUCUGCUGCACUAAACAUGCAUUACUCCAGUCCAUGGACUAAUAGAUGUUUUAUUCGCAUUUGGUUUUGAGAAACUAAACCAGGAAAUGAAAUUGUCAUUUAUUGAUAGAAACUAGGAUACAGAAAACAAAAAUCUCAGCUUUUAAAGUUACCAAAUGAAGAAAUAAUCAAUUAGCAGGCCAGCAUUUCCUGAUUUUGUUUUUCUCAUGUCCAAAUAAUUUUUUGCCUUGAAUCAUCUCAGCCCCUCCAUGCUCCGUACAGCUUUCACCUCAGAGCCAUAUGGGCCACGCCUACCUCCGAACGAGCUCUCAUUCACCAAUGUUCUAGUAAGAAGCAUUCUGAGAUGGCGUUAUCCAUAGCAAGAAAUAAAACGUUUUAAAAAUCUAUUUUUUGCUUGUUGAAUAGACUAUAUUUUUUUAAGAGUUUGAGGUGUAAAAUAAGAGAUGUGGGACAGAUUUCUUGCCACAGCCUUGGUGAAUUAGAGUUUGCUGCUGGACCGGCGUUAUUUUUCCUCACUGUUAUCCUCAUUUUCUUCUAAACUCACAAUAUCACUAUAUCAAUGUAACUCUCAAUGUACGACAUGGUAGUAGCCGAGCCUUUCGUGUUUGCUUAUGUUUUUUUUUUUUAAUCUAUAACCACUGUUGAGAGGUCUUUAACUCAGGUACAUGUUAUAUUUUUUAUUAAUUGUUCUCCUUGAUUGUUCUGUUGGGCUUUGUCCUGUGAUCAAACAUUAGAAGAUUGUCUUAUGCAUCAUGCUAUGAUAGAUGCACAUAGGUUUCAAGGUUAGUGUGGAUUGUUUCUAAAUUUGUUCAAUCUGGCAAGAAUGAGGUUUAUUCCAGAUCCUAAAAGUUUAUCCCUGAAAAAGGUAAACCUACCCUAAACCUUAUCCUGGGAACAGGUUUUAUUCAUCUAAAUGUUUCCUCCUGCUGCUUGGCUCUGAUUAGACAACUCCUGGGUACACUUUAAAAACUGCUGAUAAUUAUUCCAUUUUUUAUUACUCAGUUGCCUUUUAUAGUUUUACUUCCUUCACUUACAAAAAUGUUAAAAUACAUUUUUAUCAACCACAGUUUGGUCUGGUAAACCUACUUUAUUAAACUUGACCAAUGUCCAAUUAAUAGAUUUACAAAUAUUCUACACACAUAAUCUUUUUAGAAAAAGUAUAUUAUAUAUCACAUGGGUGAUGUGCAAGUAUAAAUUUAAGUACAUGAAUUUUACAUAAUACAAAUAUGAUAUAAAUAGUAUAAUGUAUUUUUCUUUAUCCUACUAAUGAACUAAAGAGUCACAGGAUGUGAAAUAAUCUGUAGUGAUUAGUGUUUCAACACAUCACUAAUAAUAUCAACUAAUUAACAUUUUGUUCUUAAGCCCACACAGCUUUGCAGCUCUUUGGGUUUAGCUAAACCAGUCUAACCAUAUAAUUAAUUUUUUUCAUUUGAUUUAAGAUCUGAUAAUUUGUGUCUGGAGCAUAUCAUUGUCACAUGAGUGUCCUCUUUAAUUGUAAUGCAAACUGCACUCCGCCCCAUGGUGUGUCAAUGUGAAAGACAUGAAAAAGUUUACAGGUUUGGACAUUAUUACUGCCCAUUUUGGUGUCUUGGAAAUAUUGAUUAAUGAUUAUUAUGGCAGCUUAACAUCUCAUGUUCUUUUUGAUACUAGUGAGCACCAGUCUGGACCAGAGUUGUGGAAGGGUUGGUUCUUGUGCACUUUAUUUGUGCAGAGUCAUGUGACUGCCUCAAGCCACACCCACUCCACAGCCGCUCAUAAAGCUCUCUCUAACAGUCCUGUGUAGUGGCAUAUGUUUUUCAUUGUAAUCACAUGAUUACCUAGAUAUCUAAAUAUGACAUUUUGCAGCUCCUCUACCCACAUUAGUGCAAUCCUUCAUGAAAACAUUGUUCUGUUUUAUUUUGUUGUCAUAGGCAUUUCAUCUCAGCACAUCCCUGCAAUAAGCUGUUAUGGUAUUUUGUUCCAGUACUUCUAAAUUGAUAGUGUCUGACACUGUAUAAAGAACACUAAAGCUUAGACCUUGGACCCUGCGCCUGAAGCAAGCAAACCAUAAUUCUAACAGCUCUAAUAGUAAUAGAGCUACUAGUAACUACUGCGGCACAACUGACUACAAAAGGAGUAGAGCUGAAUGAGAUCUGGUGACCACAGUGACUAUCUGGCAUAUACAUGUUCUGCUCAGGCCACUUUUGAUUGAGUUUUAAAUAGAUUUAUUUUUAUAAAAUCUAAAAUAUUUGGGCAACAGAUUCUACUGGUGUUACCUUCGGGCCUAUGGAUGACUAUGAGUGGGUUGAAAUGGGCCGAUCACUGCCAAAAUGAGAGGCUUACAGCAAGCACCCAUCAAUGUAAAUGUAAAUAAAAAUAGUGCAAAUAA